AUGGUAUCAAUCACACACCAAUACACUUACCCGAUUCGACCUCUGCCUGUACGGCCCAAUCUUGCACAGCUACCAAGCAAGGAGAUGCAGUGGACUUCAGCAUACGAUAAUGUGUUCAACCAAUACGCCAAUGUGGAAGGACUGGAAGUCGGGACAUGCAACCCUGCAGCACUUGCAUAUCCGAUCGCAGCACUGAAUGAGCCGUCGCCUGUGGUGCCGAGUGUCUAUCCCGAACCAUCUCAGCACAAUAGAUUAUGGAGUGCGAAUUCGUUCGAUGCAAAGGACAUUCACCAACCUUCGCCGACUUUCAGCCCAUGGUUGGGUGAUGAGGGCGAGACCGACCUACUUGGUCCUAUGAGAUGCCAGCCGACAGCAAGGAUUCCAAGCUAUCAUAACGACCUUUCGAUGUCAGGCUUGAGGAUAUCUUACGACCCUACACUUGCGCCGUCACGAGUGGAAGAAACGGCGAGCGAGAUGUAUUUAGGCAGAUCAAGAAGAGAGUCACGCACACCAUCAACACCACAUCGUCAGCAGCGAACAUCUUCACCGGGCACGCCGUCAUCUCGGCGGCGCCAACGGCGGACAGCUUCAUCAAGAGGGCACAGUCGCAAGUCAUCAGGACAGGUGCAGAGUCCACGAGCAACAUCGAGCAGUUUCGUGAAUUACACAGCAUCAGACAGCGAGAAGCUGUUGAGCGGAGUAGCACCGUCGGGCAGUAGCAAGACCAAAGCACGACGUGAAAGGGAGGCGGUGGAGAAUCGACGAAGGUUUAGCCAGGCUGCGCUCAAGGCGGUAGUCAAAGCAGGGGGAGACUUGGCCGAGCUGCGAGAUGCAGGGCUGAUGUUGGGGUAG